CGGUGACCAACAACGCGGACGUUCCUUCUCCCUGAACCUCACUGUCCUCAUUUCUCUAUCCCGGACUCUCACGUUUACGACCAGGAAGUUUCAGCAGUCUGAUUCGAUAUACGUCGAAACGAUUGCCAUCUUCUCCAGGUUAUCAACCAAGAAUUAGGCAAAGGGCGAAAGCUCUACAGCUAACCAGUACAGCUUUGCCGAUUCUAAGCUGCCAGCGUUACGCAUACGAUAAUCUCUUACCUCUUUUUUUUCAACACCAUCGCCCUCAGCAAAAUAACACGCAAAAAGCUUCCACACUCGCUUCACGCUCUUUGUUCGAUCUUGCAUUUGAUAAUACUCAACGAAAUCGGAUCCAAUCACUUUCUGGAGCUGUAGAAGUCACUAUAACGACUUAUGCCAACAACAACUCCAACAAUGGAAAAGUACGCCAAAGCGAUUGAACAAAUAACAGAAAAGGGCCCUCUGCCCGAGAUAGACUUCACCCAGCACACCCUCGAGGAUGGGUCGACGAUCCACACGCAGGAGAGGGUGAUCAAGGAUGUCCAAGCACCAGCGAUGUUUAUCCCAACGUCAGAACAGUUUUUCGCUAAUCAUGGACAAGAUACGACGAAGCCUGAUAUCGGAUUUUUGAAAAACCAUUUUUAUCGGGAGGGUCGGCUGAGUGAGGAGCAGGCAUUGUGGAUCUUAGAGAAGGGGACUAAUAUGUUGAAGAGGGAGUCUAAUGUGCUGAAUGUGGAUGCUCCUAUCACCGUUUGUGGUGAUAUACACGGACAAUAUUACGAUCUCAUGAAAUUAUUCGAAGUGGGAGGAAGCCCUGCCGACACGAGAUAUCUCUUUUUGGGUGACUAUGUUGAUAGAGGCUAUUUCAGUAUCGAAUGUGUUUUAUACCUCUGGUCCCUGAAGAUCUGGUAUCCGGAUACUCUCUUUCUCCUUCGUGGAAAUCAUGAAUGCCGACACUUGACGGAUUAUUUCACAUUCAAGCUCGAAUGCAAACACAAAUACUCUGAACGCAUAUACGAUGCGUGCAUGGAUUCGUUCUGCGCACUUCCACUUGCCGCGAUUAUGAACAAGCAGUUCCUCUGUAUACACGGUGGACUUUCCCCGGAGUUGAAUACUCUGGAUGAUAUCAGAGCGCUCGACCGAUUCCGUGAGCCACCCACUCACGGAUUGAUGUGUGAUAUCCUAUGGGCAGAUCCUGUCGAAGAUUUUGGCAGCGAGAAGACAACGGAUAGCUUCUUGCAUAAUCACGUCAGAGGUUGCUCGUACUUCUUUACUUAUCAAGCAGCAUGUCAGUUCCUCGAAAGGAACAACUUGUUGUCUAUCAUCCGAGCGCACGAGGCUCAGGACGCUGGGUACCGUAUGUACCGAAAAACCAAAUCGACCGGGUUUCCGUCUGUCAUGACGAUCUUUUCGGCACCCAACUAUCUCGACGUUUAUAGCAAUAAAGCAGCCGUACUCAAAUACGAAAGCAAUGUGAUGAACAUUCGGCAGUUUAACUGCACGCCUCAUCCAUAUUGGUUGCCGAACUUCAUGGACGUUUUCACGUGGUCUUUACCAUUUGUUGGAGAGAAGAUCACCGAUAUGCUUGUCGCAGUGCUUAACACAUGCACGAAAGAAGAGCUUGAAGAGGAAUCGGACGAUGAUUUAUUCGCUCCUCCAACUCCUGUUGCACCUUCUGUACCAACCGAAGAAGAAGGACUUGAGAGGAGGAAGGUUAUAAAGAACAAGAUUCUGGCUGUCGGAAGGGUUGCCAGGGUUUUCGCUCUCCUUCGAGAAGAUGCGGAGAAGGUUUCAGAGCUCAAGACAGUUUCUGGAAUGACCAAGUUGCCAUAUGGUACUUUGGCAUCGGGUAGUGAGGGUAUUAAGGAAGCUAUCAAGGGCUUUGAUGACGCUCGUAAAUCCGACAUCGAGAACGAGCGUCUUCCUCCCGAUCUCUACGACGCGGAUUCUGAAGAAGGUAGAGCGAUUCUUGCUACCGGUUCAUUACCAACCACACCCAAAGAACCUGAUCACGUAGCGGAACCCUCUAUUCCUGUCACCGCCAAUGGUGUCACGGAAGGUAUCAACGCUGCGAUAUCCAGAGGAUCGAUUCCAUCUGACAACGUUUUACCAUCUACCAUCAAUACCAAUAUUCCUCUAGGCUCUCCUGCUGCGCCUUCACCUACGAGCCCUGUCACACCAUCUUCACCAUCGAUGUCACCACCUGUGACACCGUUCAGGAGAGGUCAUUCUCGACAGGCUAGCUUGGGUACGACGAUGACAAGUCCAAGUACGAGAAGGAGAAGCUUGGAGAGUACGAUGAGCUUAAUUCAGGGUGUGUUGGAUGGCAAAGACGAUAAAUCGAGGCAGCAAGGGAGAAUUGAUGAGAAGGAUGAGACUCCCAGAAGGAAUGAUGCGGCCGUUGAAGGGUUGGCAGAACAACUUGCUGGGAGCUCGGUGGAUCAGGGCAGAAAGUGACAUGGGUUCUUAGGCGUUGGAUGGCAUUCAGUCUCCGUUCAUUUUUCUCUCCCUCAUUUCUAUACAUGAAAUGCACAUCUUUUUCUCUUAGUCUUUCUUUCAAAAGUACCUGGAGGCUAAUGUGAUAUCUAUACUGUACUGUCUUUACCCCAGGUCCUUCAGAUCCUUGGUGAACUCCAAAAAUGGAUUCUUUCUUUUAUUCCUC